CGACAGACAGGGACCACGACUGCUACCGCCACCGCCAGCACUCAUACCAACGCUACAUUAUUCUUACAUGUACCGAAGGUCUCCCCGCGGACUCUGAGCGCAUACGACCCCUCGCCUGCUUAUCAAUGACCAUUUCGUCUCCUUUCGUUGGUCAAAACACAAUGUCGUCGAACGUUUCUCUCGAAGAAGUCCUUCGUGUCCUUCAAGUGCUCUUCGACCCAAGCGGCAGCGGCGACAGCAAAACGGAGGCCAACAAGUGGUUGGAGAGCUUUCAGAAGCUGCCCUCAGCUUGGGCAAUCUCAGAUCAGCUCCUCCAAUCGCAAACCCUGCCCCCAGAAGUGCGCCUAUUUGCCGCACAGACUCUCCGUCAAAAGAUAGAAUUUGACUUCACACAACUUGAGCAACCCAUACAAGAGUCCUUGCGGGACUCCUUGCUGCAUACACUUCACCGCAACCGACUAGGGUCCAAGCCUCUGGUCACGCAGUUAUGUCUGUCCUUAGCGGAUGUGGCGAUGCAGAUGUUCAGCUGGGAGGAUCCAGUCAAGCAAAUGAUCCAGACGUUUGGCAAGGACGUGGAGAUGGUUGGACCAUUGCUCGAGUUCCUGGCGUCAUUAGCAGAGGAGUUCACAUACAACAACAGGAUCCAAAUGGAUAAUGAUGAGAUCCACGGUCGAGCGGAUAAGAUAUUACGAGGAAAUGCGAGGGAGGUCCUCAAUCUACUGUUGUUCUUUCACGCAAACGCAGGCGGCAACACUGCACUGCGCCGUCACAUUCUGGAUUGUCUUUUGAGAUGGCUGCGGUCUGGCGACAUUGAAGUCGCGUUCCUAACGUCCACGCCCCUUAUUGGCGUGGCGUUCGAUGCGGUCAAUGAUGAAGAUCUUUUCGAAACAGCGACAGAUUUGAUUUGUGAGAUAUGUCGUCGAACGCGGCCGUCGAAGAAGGACAGACCUUACGAGGUCAUCAACGAAAUAUACCCGAUGCUUCUACCACUACGAACAAAACUGGAAGAGGAGAAGGACAAUCCGGAUGUGGUCAGAGAUUUAUGCCGAGUUUUCACGAAUGCAGCGGAGGCAUGGCCAGAUCUGAUCGUGGCGAACUACGAGAAGUUUGUCGAUGUGAUCGAGGGCUUGCUCGAAUGUGCGACCUCCGAAGAUCUGGAUAUCGUUAAAAUCACUUUUCGUUUCUGGGAGUCCCUGAAACUGGAAGUUCUCUUGGAAGUAAACGCAGCUUCACUGCCAAAGUUCCACCAAGUCUAUCAGAGGCUCAUCGACAUCAUCAUCCAGCAUUUGCACUACCCAGAGGACCUGCAAGGUUGGAGCGCCGAGGAGCGGGACGAGUUCCGUGACUUCCGUCAUGAAAUGGGAGACGUGCUGAAGGACUGUGUGCAAGUUCUCGGUGCUGAAGAUGCCCUCGCUAGGCCAUAUGCGAUGCUGUGCGCGCUUCUCGACGCGCGGAACAAUGGCGAGUUUGAUCCUUCCGUUCAAUGGCAACGGAUUGAGGCGCCGCUGUUUGCCUUCCGUGCCAUGUGCAGGGAGGUUCGAACCGAGGUUUCCGUGCUCCCGAAGCUGAUGGAGAUGAUACCGCAUCUACCCGACCAACCGAAGAUCAGAUAUGCAACGAUCCUGGUGAUUGGACGAUACGCGGACUGGACCAGUAAACAUCCGGAGUUCAUUUCGUACCAGCUGAACUUUGUGUUCAAAGGGUUCGCGGAUCCGGAAUGCACGGCGGCAGCCUCGCAAACGUUAAAGUUCCUAGGAGAAGCGUGUGCACCACAUCUAGUAAACCACCUCGAGCAACUUCAUCAGUUCUAUUCCGGAGCUAUUCAGACAAUGAAUCCUCAUGACGCUCAGGACGUCACAGAGGCGAUGGCAUACAUCCUUGCUGCUGUUCCUUUGAGCAAUCUCGGCGUGGCGCUACAAACGUUCAUCCACCCGAUGGCUCAACAACUACAUGCCAUUGCAGCGAAGGGGAAGCCUGCAAGCGAAGCUGAAGAAGAUGCAGCGGUGGCGGAGAGUGCUGCGGUUCUGCAUCAUCUGGGCACGAUGCUCAGGUAUAGCUGUCCGGAUUACAGCGAAUGGCCAGCAACUCAAGCACAUCCCGCCAUCCCCGUCAUUCAAGAAAUCUGGCCAGUUCUCGACAACACAAUUACGCUACUUGGGCAUGUCCCCGCUGUCUCCGAAAACUUCUGUCGCUGCUGCGCAUACCUGAUGAUGUCGUACAAGUUUCACCUCUUCCCGGUUCUCUCCCCAAUGAUGGCCAAGAUUGUCGAGAUGUUCAACAAGACAGGCUUCCCCAGCUAUUUGUGGGCGUCAUGGCGGUGUGCGAGGGAAUAUGGAAGCGAUGAUACCGAGGAAGGCAAAGUGGUUUUCGAGAUUGUGGAGACUUUGACGAAUUCGGUGUUUGUGAUCUUGCAGAGCAAGGCGAAUGAAUUGGAGUCUAUACCUGGAGUGAUUGAAGACUACUUCAAGCUCGUCCGUGAACUCCUCGACCAGUGCCCCCUCCUCUUCUUCCAAUCCCCCCUCCUCCCCUCGCUCUUCAACUGCGCCGGCGCCUGUCUUUCCAUCGAGCAGCAAGACGCCCUGCAUGCUGUUAUCUCCUUCACUCGCGAGCUCAUCCGCUCCGCCUCGCCAACCUCCCGGGCCCUCCCGACGCCCGUCGUCGACCCCAUCGUGCAGCUGCUUAAAGCCAACUCGCAAGUGUUAGUGGGGAAGCUCUUCCAUGGCUUGAUUUACACGUUCCCCAAGGAGCGGGAACUGUAUCUGGAUAUCGCGGUCAUGCUGAGGUUCUUGGCGGAGGCGGUUCCGGAUGAGAGUGCGAGGUCUGCGGAGGUGGUUGUCAGGCAGUUCCCUGAUGCCCAGUUGAGUGCCAAAGACAAGGAGGAGUUUUUGGGCAAAUAUGUUAGUGCCAUCAACGACCAUCGCGACGAGCGACGACUAGCCACGGUUCUUAGAGACUUCUCGGCCGGCUUCAGGAGACGAAAUCUGAUCAAUGACCGUCCCAAAGCUUAAACUGGAUAUCCGAAGGCAUCUUACACACCACUAUUACACAAGUACAGGAUAAAACGCUUGGGUGCAAGGGAAGGAAAGGGGUCCUCUAUCUGCGAUACGGCGGUUCGUUAAUAUCUCUUUUUCAUACUUUUGGGUAUUAUCCUCCUUACGGCGAACGUACAAAAGGCGUGGUUUGCUCCCCGAAAUCCUUCCCUGCUUUGUGCGAUACUCUAUGUAUUUACGAUCGACUACACUGAUGUUAGGCACUUGUGAAGGGGCCGUCUACUCCUUCCUACUUCCAUGCGAAAGACCGCAUGCCUGUAUCCCUAACCCUAACCGACUCCCGUCGCGUUGGGUCUGAGACUCUGAGCGUUAGAACUUCCCUGCGUGGAAAG